AUGGCAUUGCAAACCGCGACUGCUGCUAUGCAGAUGAUCGACUCCAUCGGUGCUCUGGAGAAAUUACUCAACGAGCUCGAUCACCAAUUGCAUAAACCCGCAGCUCUGUUCCUCGACGUUCAGACCAUAGAUCCAGGACAAGAUGGAUCAAUCUCAAUCAUCUCCCUCUUUGUUCGACCAAUCAAAAAGGUGUUCCUGAUUGACGUGCUCACGCUAGGCGACGACGCCUUUACUACCACCAGUCUCGCCGACAACUCGCUGAAGCUCCUCCUUGAAUCUCCUGCCGUGUCCAAGAUCCUUUUCGACGUCGGUAACGCAUCUGCCUCCCUGUUCAAUCACCACGGAAUCCGCCUGAACGGUAUCAAAGAUCUCCAGGUCAUGCAACUCGCGACGCAAUAUCCGCGCGCCCUGCAAGCUCAGGCUGCACGCUUGGAGACGUGCGUCGAGGAAGACGCGCCCCCUCCUGCAAGGGCGCUCGCGCUGUGGAAGCAGGUUCACAGCACUGUGAGCCAGCUGCGUGUUCCAGCAAAGGGAGGAAGCGAUGCUGUCUUCAAAGAGCGGCCUCUCAAACAGGCAAUCCUCGAUUAUCAUUUGCAGAAUGUUCUGAUUUUACCACGGCUGUGGGUUUUUUACUGCGAUACACUCUGCAAACCGGCCAAUGCCUUCUGGAGGAGCAUGGUGUUUCACACGGUCCGGGACAGGAUCAGAGAAUCGACAAAUCCUGCUAGCGCCGGUGGCGUUGAUGCCAGACGUUUGGGUUGGAGUCGGGAGUUUAUUGAGACUAGCAAAGCAGGAUGGAACGAGGAUAUACUCCUUGAGCUCCAGGGAAUUCCUAUGGUGGAUCGUUGCUGGCUGGAUCCCAACUUUUUUUGA